GUGUAAAGGAUAUAAAACUGUUGAAAUUUAUUAUAGUAUUGUAGGCUUGGUGAAGGUGUGUUUAGUGAUCUCUUUGCUCUGGACAAUAAAAGUGACAAAGUCCAAUGUGAGUCACCUGCUUUAAACGGUUAUAAAAACUCACAUUGCCUCCACUCUCAAUCUGUCAUCUGGGAGCCUUCUUCAUCAUUUUCACCGUCCUUCAACUCUCCAACCAUCUGAGAAUUAACCAUGGCUGUGACCAACCAACCAGGCAGAUAUGAACCCUCUGACUUCCAGACCGGCCUGUGUGAUUUCUGCGAUGACUGUGGAACAUGCUGCUACGGUCUGUUCUGCUAUGUGUGCCUUGGCUGUACUAUUGCCAGUAACAUGGAUGAGUGCUGCCUGUGUGGUCUGGGCAUGCCCAUCCGCAGCGUCUACAGGACCAGAUACAACAUCAAUGGGUCACUGUGUAACGACUUUAUGGUGACCUGGUGCUGUCCAGUCUGUGCCACCUGCCAACUGAAGAGAGAUAUUGACCGGAGGAAGGAGCAAGGCAUUUUCUGAAUGUAUGCUGUUACGACAACAAGCUGUAAAUCUGCUGGAUUGCUGGAAACAUUUGUAGUUAGAGCCCAAUCUCAUUCUCGUUUACAUUUUUUGAUUAGGUGGUAUACAGUAUAAUAUAACAAAUAUAUAUUUAACGGUGCUAUAAAUUGAGUAUCCUUGUGAUUUUUAAAGGCGUCCUGAUUUACUGCUUCUUUUACUUUAUGUGUCUUGUGUUUUAUUGUCCUGAUAGCAGUUGACUGGAAAAUUGUUGUUGAUUUAAGGUGGUGUAAGCGAUACAGCAAGUAGGGUUGGUGUUUCUGCAUAAUCUUAAAUUACACAUUAGAUCAAUUAGGGCUAAACUGUCUAAUACUUUUGGGGAAAUCCUAAAUUUAAAAUUUUCACUUUUGAGACUUUUACAUGUAAGUUUAUAUGACUCAGUCUCUCCGACUUUAAUCCGUUUGCCUUUGAAAGCCAUGUGAACGUUUUCAAGGUAAUUUAAUUGUCAUUUUACAACAGGGUUAUAAAAAGAAAUUCUGUUUGCAACUCCCUUUUGUUACAUGGCAGACAAUAAACACUUAAUAGGCCUGUAGGGGAGUAAUUUGAGCCUGUGGGGAAGUUGAGUCACCCCUUGAUUCUCAGCAACAAUAGACUAAAUUGGAAACUGGUCAUGUGAGCACACAUUUUUGAAGAGUCAUCCGUUUAACUCACACUGUGAUGGAGAUAGGCCCAUGGAAUAAGUGAUAAUUAAUUACAUCAAGGAAACUCAUUCUCAGGAUGUUGAGAGAUCAAGAAAACAUCAUGUAAGAAGAGGCUCAGAUGUCGUCACAGAUGAAUCGCGACCAUAUGGACAUGCCCGAACAGAUGCAGUGGAAGAGAAGAACAUUUUAAAGUAAUUGAAUGGGAAUACUGUUUGGGCAGUAUGAGAAUCCCUUGUCACUGUUUACAGUUCAGAGGGCGGCGAUCCAUCUUGAUGCAUCUUUUUUUCAGUGAUUUCUGGAUAAUAAGCAUUGAAUUUGCACAUUAAAAUCCAAAAGAAAUGCCUCCUCAAUUGCUUAAGAGGACUAGUUAACAUCCCUGAUUAACUUUACUAGCCUAAGCUCCUCCGUGGUCACCAGCGUCCUUCCUUUAACAACCAGUUAUUAGAAUACUCUGGAAACUCAAAUAUAGUUUAACUUAACUAUCAGGAUGUACAGUAUGUGUCCAGGACAUCAGUUUAGCUUGGAUCUCAUUCCUCGACAAGAUAGGUAGUAAUGACAUGCAACUAAUCAACAUUACUCUCUUACUAAUUUAGCUUAACAUUACAUUGCAGCUGGCAAACACACUCGCUUUGCACACACAGGGAGCCAAAACAGCAAUGAGUGUUGCUGCACUGUGUGCCGGUGAAAGUCAACAGCGUCGCAGUCAUAUAGACGGGUUUCUUGUAUACAAAAACUACUGGAUGCGCGUGCAGCUAGGGGCAAAAGCGCUUCGGUAGCCGGUCAGAAGACUGUAAUCAAUGCAAAUUACACAUUGUUUGUAAUUUCUUGUUGACUUAAUAAUAAACUGUCAUUUCAGAGAUGAA